AUGGCAUCUCUACAGCGCCUUGCUGUUCAACGUAGCCCAGCAUACAAGCCCGCUGGAGUUAAGAGCUACGUCUACGCAAUGACCAAGUAUGGCUUCCAUCCUACUAAACCCGGCCCAUACUUCCAAGCCAAGGUCAUGUCGCAGCAAGGCAAGUUCGGCCGAGUCGGCGGCCGCAUGCGAUCGCACUAUGUUCUCAGAAAGCGAGAGCAAACAUCAGCCCCGGGCGGUGCGCAAAGUAAAGCCGCAACCUCAGGCGACGGCGGGGCAACUGAGGGUGAAGUACCUGCAGAAGACAUCCAGAACGAUUCGUUGUAUCUUUGCGAAGUUGGUGUCGGGACACCGGAACAGAAGCUGUACUUGGAUUUCGAUACUGGGUCUUCGGAUCUUUGGGUCUGGUCCACCGAGCUUCCCAAGAACGUCCUCAGCUCAGCCAACCCUUCAAACCAGCAGGUCGCUUUCGAUCCUUCCAAGUCAAGCUCGUUCAAGAAGCUCGAUGGCGAGACGUGGAAGAUUUCGUACGGCGACUCAUCAUCAGCGAGUGGUGAUGUAGGCACCGAUGUUGUGAACCUGGGUGGCCUGAAGGUUGAGAACCAGGCUAUAGAGCUUGCAAAGAAGCUAUCCCAGCAGUUCGCACAGGGCAAUGGAAGUGGUUUGCUCGGAUUGGCGUUUAGUUCCAUCAACACUGUUUCCCCAACCCCACAAAAGACGCCAGUCGACAACAUCAUCGCACAGAAGACUGCCAAGGAGCAGCUAUUCACGGCAUACCUUGGUAGCUGGCGUGACACAGAUGAAGCCGACAAGGGAGAAAGUUUCUACACCUUCGGUUUCAUCGACCAAGAUGUCAUAUCCGCUUCUGGCGCUACCGAACCCAACUACGCCAACGUUGACAACAGCCAAGGUUUCUGGCAAAUCCAAUCUACAUCCGCCACCAUCAAUGGUCAGACUGUUGACCGAUCCAACAACACCUCCAUCAUGGAUACUGGUACGACCCUCUGCCUGGUCGAUGACGCUCUUGUCGAAGCCGUCUACAAAGCCAUACCCGGCGCUCAAUACGACCAGAACAACCAAGGCUACGUCUUCCCUGCCUCCACAUCCGCGGACGACCUGCCAGAGAUCAAGCUCGCUAUUGGUGAUGCGAUGGUGACAUUCCAGAAAGAGGACCUAGGCUUUGCUGACGCUGGAAAUGGCAACGUGUACGGAAGCAUCCAGAGUAGGGGAUCCAUGGACAUGGAUAUUUACGGCGAUGCCGUGCUGAAGGCCAUGUAUGCGAUCUUUGAUAUGAACAACGGUUCGCCGAGGUUCGGUUGGGUACAGAGGAAGGAGGCGACACAGAAUACGGCUGCUCCGCCAUCGCAGUAG